AUCAUAGCAAAAUAUGGACUGGAUCAAACUGCUAUGCAGGGGGAGUCUUAUUUCUUAUCCUGGCAUAGUAACAUUGCAUUCAAACAGGUAGGCUACACCUCCCUGUACCUCCACAGCAUAGUCCAGUCUCCCGGCAAGUAUCUAGUCUAGUGAAAAUUCUAGCGCGCAACUUCCAUCACGUUCUCAAUAAACAAUAGAGUCUGCCAGAUUAAGACACACACAGACUGUUUCUUUGGCACAAGGCAAAAUAAAGUUUUCCGUUGUUUGUUCACCGCGCUUAGUCUUAUUUCCGCGUUUCGAGUGCAUCUGUAAGACAAAUUCAGAGAAGCAGACAGUAGUGUACACCGCAGCGGGAAGUGCAACACGCACGGCUCUCCAGGGCUGCAUCUCUCAACAAGGAAUGAACUCUCACUCUCUCUCACGCUGACACUGUAGCGGACCUCUGUUCACAGAACAAUUCCGGAUGAUAGAAGGACUUUUCAAUCGCAAGCAAAACCAGAUCUCCGCGGCACUUCUCUGUAUUGCGAAUUCAACAGCCGAUACACAGGGCUCACGUCGCACGACGGCUGUAAAUUAGGGGUCACCCAGGAAGGACGGAAGAAGGAACAGUUUAUUUUGUGGAAAAUCAAAGGAUCCCCCGUCUCCCCUUCUCUGCACAGAGGGCUCUGCUGAAGGAUGAUUCUGAGCCGCACAUGGUGACGAAGAGGAAUGAACAGUGUGUGUCUGAGUGCUGUGGUCUGAACUACUGUGCCUGGGAGAGGAGAGAACAAUCUGAGAUCACUAUGUGAGUCUCAGGACAGGACUCUCUGCACUGAGCAGCGCACAAGCAUCACAGCCGCUUCACAGGGUUCGUCCGUUUGCUUUCUUUACAUCCACACACUGCAGUGUGUAUAAUAUUUUCACAAUCAACCUGCUAUGCUCUUUGGGGACUGAAGUGUACGCCAUGCCCGCCAAAGGGAAAUACUUUUUUAAUGACCAGGAACCGGACCGGGGCUCUCUGUAUAGACAGUACUGCUGCAUUAGCAAGCACCAGCUGCUGGUCCUCUUGCUGGGCAUCGCUGUGGUCUCCUGCCUGGGGCUUCUCAUCGUAUUCUUUGCCAGUCGGCUGACCGCCGCGGAGCACGCGCUGUUCCUCAGCACGGUGUGCAGCGCGCUGGCCUUGUUCCUGUUGGUCUUCAUCCUGGUGUGCACGGAGUCUCUCUUCCAGAGGUGGAUGCGCUUCCUGGGGGUGACAGUGUGGAUCUGCUUCCUCACAAUGGGCUUCGUCUUCAUCUUCGACGGAAAGGUGAUCCGUGCAUGGGACCAGGUGCCGUUCUUUCUGUUCAUAAUCUUCACACUAUACACCAUGCUGCCGUUCGGGAUGUGGGAGGCCGUGGUCCUCGCUGUCCUCUCCUCCGUCUCUCACCUCGUCAUCGUCUGCAUCGCUGUCGUUGUGUUUGACAAGUCCCAGUGGCUUGUGUUCCAGAUAUUACCAAAUGUAAUCAUUUUCCUGUGUGGCAAUGUGGUGGGAGCAUUUCACAAGAAAAUGAUGGAGAGUGCCUUGGAGCAGACCUUCCUGGACACCCUGAGCUGCCUGGAGAUCCGCAUGAAGCUGGAGAUUGAGAAGAGGCAGCAGGAGACCUUGCUGCUGUCAGUACUGCCAGCUUAUAUCUCCAUGGAAAUGAAGCUGGCUAUAAUAGAGAGACUGAAGGAGAGCAAGGACAGGGAUGCUCAGCAGAGACAGGUGAAGGACAACAACUUCCACAGCCUGUAUGUCAAGAGGCACCGGAACGUCAGCAUCCUGUACGCGGACAUCGUGGGAUUCACACGCCUGGCCAGCGACUGCUCUCCUAAGGAGCUGGUCAUCAUGCUGAACGAGCUCUUCGGGAAGUUCGACCAGAUUGCAAAGGAAAAUGAAUGUAUGAGAAUAAAAAUCUUAGGAGACUGUUACUACUGUGUGUCAGGGCUGCCUGUAUCCCUCCCGAACCAUGCAAAGAACUGUGUGAAGAUGGGACUGGAUAUGUGUGAGGCUAUCAAGCGGGUGAGAGAGGCCACCGGAGUGGAUAUCAGCAUGAGGGUCGGGGUUCACUCGGGGAACGUGCUCUGCGGGGUCAUCGGGCUGCGGAAGUGGCAGUACGACGUGUGGUCACAUGAUGUCACCUUGGCCAACCACAUGGAGGCCGGAGGCUUGCCUGGGCGAGUCCACAUCACUGACGCCACGCUGAAACACCUGAACAAAGCCUAUGAAGUAGAGGAAGGCAACGGGCACCUGAGAGACACCUACCUGAAAGAGCAGAAUGUCAAGACAUACCUGGUCUUAGACCCCCGGUCGAAGGAGCAGCCCAUGAACAGAGGCCACCUUCCUAAGCCCCGGGUGAAUGACGGCCUGAAGAUGCGCGCGUCCGUGCGGAUGACCCGCUACCUGGAGUCCUGGGGGGCAGCCAAGCCCUUCGCCCACCUCCAGAACCGGGAGGCCCUGACCAGCGAAGACCUGGCCUGCAACCGCAAGCUCCACAAGGACAUACCCUUGCAUUCCAUAAACUGCCACAAGACACAGGACAGCCUGGAUGGACACACACAGGAGCUCCUGCCACCUUUUGCCUCUUCGUUAGUAAACUAUAAAAACAAGUCCCAGAAGAAGAAGUUUGACGAGGACCUGCACAAUAAAAUGAUGAUGACGAUCGACGGGCUGCAGUCUAACAAGCAGUGGAUGAAGAAUGAGGGGUUCUCCCGGUGUCUGUAUUUCACUGAAAAGGGAACUGAAAAGCAGUAUCAUGCCACAGAUCUUCCCAACUUCAAAUACUAUAUCGCUUGUGCCUCGUUCAUCUUCCUGUGUAUCUUUAUGAUCCAGAUGCUUGUUGCCAAGAUGACCCCUGAACUGGGCAUCUCAUUGGGAGUGUCUGCCUGCAUCCUGCUGCUCAUUCUGGCUGUGUGCUUCGCCGGGUACCUGGUGCAGCACUGCUCUCCACAGAGGUCCGUGUCAUUUCGUUGGCUCUCCGUCCUCUCGAAAGUGGUGGGUAAGAAGCCCUACGUGCGGCUGCCACUGACCAUCAUUGCCAUCAGUAUUACACUGGUCACAGCCGUGCUGAACUUGUGUUUCAUUAAAACAUAUGAUGACAAAACCAAUGCCACAAAUUACAGUCAGUCACUGGAAUCUUCCAAUGAAAAGGACCUCUUCUGCCUGCCGUAUUUCACCUACUGCUGCAUCCUGGGGCUCAUCAGCUGCUGCGUGUUCCUGCGGGUCAGCUUCGAACUCAAGUUCCUCCUGCUGGCGCUCGCCUUCUCUGCCUAUUACACCAUCAUCCUGAACACACACUGGCAGCUGUUCCAGAGGUACAGCUGCCUGCUGUACACCAACCAAACCAAAACUCUCGAUGUGUCCGGACUCAUGAAGGAUCCUGGAAUGAUGAGCUGCAUUUACCUCAUGUUGUUUUUUUUAACGAUGCUGAUUCUGAUGCGACAGAACGAGUAUUAUUGCCGUCUGGAUUUCCUCUGGAAGAACAAAAACCGCGAGAAGCAGGAGGAGAUCGAGACAAUGGAGAACCUGAACCGCCUCCUGCUGGAGAACGUGCUGCCGGCCCACGUGGCCAGCCUCUUCAUCGGAGACAAUAAAAAGAAUGAGGUGGGAGCCCUCAAAAACAGUUCACUUACUGAAAAGUAUAAGGAUUUAUACUACAAGUCCUACGACUGCGUGUGUGUUCUCUUCGCCUCCGUGCCGGAUUUUAAGGAGUUUUACACAGAGUGUGACAUCAACAAAGAAGGGCUGGAGUGUCUCAGGCUGCUGAAUGAAAUCAUCGCAGACUUCGAUGAGCUUUUGUCUAAACCCAAGUUCAGUGGUGUUGAGAAAAUCAAAACGAUCGGCAGCACCUACAUGGCAGCGACAGGACUCACCGGGCCCCCCAGACACGAGAACAACCAGGAUCGCGAGAGGCAGCACGCACAGAUAGGAAACAUGGUGGAGUUUGCCAUCGCCUUGAUGGGGAAACUGGACGGAAUAAACAGGCAUUCAUUCAACAGCUUCAGACUGCGCGUCGGAAUUAAUUACGGUCCUGUUAUUGCUGGAGUCAUUGGAGCCCGCAAGCCUCAGUAUGAUAUUUGGGGGAACACAGUUAAUGUGUCCAGCAGGAUGGAGAGCACAGGACAGCUGGGCAAAAUCCAGGUCACAGAGGAAACGUCGAAUGCGUUACACAAACUUGGCUAUUCUUGUGAGUGCAGAGGACUGAUCAAGGUGAAAGGCAAAGGCGAGCUGAGGACUUACUUUGUGUGCACAGACAUGAGCAAGUCACAGGGGAUGGCACUGAACUGAAACUGCAAGAGGGACAAGAACUUACUUUGUGUGCACAGACAUGAGCAAGUCACAGGGGAUGGCACUGAACUGAGACUGCAAGAGGGACAAGAACUUACACUGUGUGCACAGACAUGAGCAAGUCACAGGAGCUGCACUGAACUGUGAGAGCAAGGGGGACAAGUAACCCUCUACCAAACUUGAAAAACAUUUUCUGCCACUUUUUUUGUGGCAAAGGCUCUUUUUUAUAUAAGUUAUGUUCUUAAUAUUUAAUAUUACCUUAUGCUAGUGUUAUGAUGCAAUUGGAGAAGUCAAUGGAAUUUUGUGAACCGGACUCAAGGCACGCUUUAGAGCAAGUCAUAAAAAUCAGGGGGGGUUUAUAUUCUUGGCAAGCGAGACGAGACGUGUUGAAUGAGGUAAUGAGGACCGUCUUGUCAGAUGCAGCUUUAAUUAAGAAUUACCUCAUAAUGAGGAAUUGACAGGGUCAUGGUAAGGCUGGGGGUUCAUUACACAGAGGGGUUUUAAAAGAAUGGCUGUCAUACUGCAUUUGACUACACUGGGAAUUAGUCUUGAUUAAAAGCUGGUGUCAAUUAGAUGACGGGGAAGGUUUACUAUGAUGCCAUAUUUAGGAAAUGGCAGCAUGUACCAAGCCCAAAUUCAUUGCAUUGCCUGAAUGACAUUAAACUGAGGUUUCAAGUUGAGUUUUAAAUGCUGAAAUAUAAUACCAUUGCUUGGAUGUAUUUCCAGGCAGUUGUUUUGCACUUACGUGAACAAAAAAAAGUUUGCGGACUUUUAUGGAACAUUAAAAAAAGGUCAAUUUUUUAUGUUUAAAAUAAAUGUAUACAUUUUUUUUUUUUAAUUUGUGACAAUAAAAAGCAUACAUUUUUGGGGGGAAAACAAGCAUUCAGAAUCCACAUUAACAAGCUUUGAUAGUAAUGUGCACUUGUCUUAUUACUGUGGAAUGUUAUGAUUUUAGAUGCGUCAUUAUCUGAAACAAAGUAUCUUAUCUUUAUUCACCUGGUAAUUUAAAGUCUUUGUUAACAAUACAGUAUUUUAUAUCAGAAAUCUGCCACCAAACAACAUACCAAUAGUUUACGAUAAACUCGCAACAGAAAAAAAAUAAAAAGUAUACAAAAAAUCCAGGAAUGGUAUCUGGAAAGAUUCCCUUAAACGAAAUCCUGUUUUUGAAAAUGACAGCUUUUAGGUCAGAUUUAAGUUUGAGCUGUUCUUUACAAAUUCUUCUUUCUUAUGAAAUUUUAGAAAACUGCCGAUAUCACUCCUGAAACUGGAAAUCUUAAAGGGAAUGGCAUUUUGUUUAGGUUAACAGUGGUACAUAAAUAUAGUGAUAUUUCUAGAUCAAAGUCUAUGUGCGCCAUUGAAUCCAUGCUGCCAUUUUAACUGUGUAGUUACUAUUCAAGCACUUAUGCGCUGUACAGUAUACAUUGUUGUAAAAAAAAAAAAAAGCAAAAAACAAACAACUUUGUUUUGUUUUUUAAAUGCUUAACUGCCAAUUUAAUUCUUUAUAAAAAUAAAUAAAAAAAAAAAAACCCACACAGGUUUGCCACUUCAGAGCACUCUGUGGGAAGACCAGCUUUGUGACUUUGUAAAACCUCUUCUUUGCCUAAACAAUCUAUACAAAUGAAGGACAGCCAAUCUAUAUGGAAUGUAGUUAAAAUGUUACUUACUCUCUCAGUUUCCAUGUCGAUAUUCAGUUUCCCCAGAAUAUCGCAUUUAUAAUUCAGUAAAAUCCUGCAGAGGUUUUGCAUUUUGUAAGGUAUAAAAUAAAGGAUUUACCAAACAUCUUAA